AUGAGCUUGUUUGGAAACAAUUUGUGUGCUUCAAAGCUGGUCAAACUGGUGAGAAUCGUUCAAAAAAAAAGAGCAUUGAAUGAUGACACGGUCAAUUCAAGAGCUCGUGGUGAAGUUAGAAUUGAUUGUAAGGCAAAAAUUUCGAUUGUCAAGCAACAAACUGGACCGGAUUGGAGUGUCGACGUCUUUGUGGAAGGUCAUAAUCACGGACUUUUGACUCCUUCAAAAGUGCACUUGCUUCGAUCACAGCGUAAUGUUUCUACUGCGAAGAGAGUAUUAACUCAAAAAUUUUCAGAAGCUAACAUACCGACAUGUCAGCAAAUGCAACUAUUAGAGAUUGAGUAUGGUGGACCUAAAAGUAUAGGUUGCAUAGAAAGAGAUAUUAGGAAUUUUGAGAAAGAAUUAAGGGAUGAACAAAAGGGAAUCGAUACUGAAACUCUGAUAGAAUUCUUUACAUCUGAGAAAGAGAAGAACAAAUCAUUUUUCUUUGACUUUGAGACAGAUUCGAAUAAUAGGUUCAGCCGAUGUUUUUGGGCAGAUCCUAAGUCAAGAGCGGCCUAUAGUGUAUUUGGUGAUGUCGUUGUGUUGGAUUCCACUUAUAACACUAAUAAGUAUGGAAUGAUUUUUACACCUUUCGUAGGGGUUAAUCAUCAUCAUCAAACAAUAGUUUUUGGUUGUGGAUUUCUAAGUGAUGAGAAGACAGAAUCGUAUAUUUGGUUGCUUAAUAAGUUUAUUGAAGCUAUGCCAACAAGUGCUCCAAAAGCAAUCAUCAUUGAUCAAGACCCGACAUUGACAAAAGCACUUGCAAGAGUUUUGUCGGAAACUGUGCAUCGCUAUUGCUUGUGGCACAUAAUGAACAAGUUUCCAGAAAAGAUUUCUUCGAAAAAUUUGAGCAUGGUUGGAAUGAGACACAUGCUUGCUUUCUUCCGGAUUAGCCAAAUAUCUGAACUGCCUGACAAGUAUAUACUCAAGUGA